CUUUUACAUCUUCUCUUCUUCUUUAUGCUUCUUGUUAACCUGCGCACUUCCGUCUGCUUAUCCUGCGCACACCUGCCAUGUCUCAGGCCUUCCCCGAUUCAAUCCUCGUGGUAAGAAUCUCACGUUAUAGAGAUCCCCUUUAAAGGGAAAAGAAAUCACAGCAGAAACAAUUGCACAAACGAUAACCGCAAUGGAAGUCCAGAAAAGUCAGUCAAAACUUACAAGAACUCAAUCUUCUCUUAUUCGAUCUUCUCCAACCAUUCGAUCUUCAAUCCAUAGUCUCUCUGCUAUACGUGACGAAGAAUCUGCAUCAGAAGAACAGAAAACUCACAAAUCGGUCUCAGGAGCUUCAAAUCGUCUUUCGAAUCGUUUGAAUCGUCUCAUCCCUGUUCUGGGCACGGCUUUGUUGAGUUUCUCUCUCUUCUUGUUCUUCUACUUUUAUCUCAGAAGAGAAGAGAUACCCAAUUCGGAAAACUUGUUAUUAGCUCUUAUUUUCGUCGCCGUUGCGCUUUAUUUUGGUGGGAAGAAUAAGGGUUUCAUUAUCCAGACCGCAUUGUUUCUAAAACAAUUCUGGGAUGAGAAGAACAAGAAGUUAGGACUUUCAAAGGGAAGAAAUGAAUCUGUUGAAUGGUUUAUAGGCGACGAAGGCUCUUCUUCUUUCAAAAAAGAGAAGAUUAUAAGAGAAGGUGUGGAGUUUUACAGUAAUGGUGAUUUCUAUGAAGGUGAAUUUCACAGAGGGAAGUGUAAUGGGAGUGGUGUUUACUACUAUUUUGUGAAUGGCAGGUAUGAGGGAGAUUGGAUUGAUGGGAGAUAUGAAGGAUAUGGCAUUGAGAGCUGGUCGAGGGGGAGUAGGUACAGAGGGCAGUAUAGGCUAGGUUUGAGACAUGGGUAUGGGGUUUACAGGUUCUACACAGGGGAUAGCUAUGCUGGGGAAUGGUUUAAUGGACAGAGCAAUGGUAUGGGAGUUCAGACUUGCUCUGAUGGGAGCUGUUAUGUUGGUGAAUUCAAGUGUGGUGUCAAGCAUGGCCUUGGUUGCUACCAUUUCAGGAAUGGAGAUACAUAUGUUGGAGAGUAUUUCGGAGACAAGAUCCAUGGGUUUGGGGUCUAUCAAUUUGCCAAUGGCCACUGUUAUGAGGGUUCAUGGCAUGAAGGUCGGAAGCAAGGUUUCGGUAUGUACACCUUUCAAAAUGGCGAUGCCAGAUGUGGAGAGUUGGACUCUGGUGUCCUCAAAACUCCUCUACCCCAAUUAACUGAUUCAGUCCUCCGGUCAGUUCAGUCAGCUCGAAAAGCAGCAGAGAAUGCAAGUCGUCUUCCCCCAGUUGAUGACCUAGUGAAAAAGGCCGUCAUUGCUGCGAACAGAGCUGCUACUGCUGCUAGAGUUGCAGCCAUCAAAGCUGUUCAGAACAGAAUAGAUGGGAAAUUUUGUGACAUGGAUGUUUAAGACAUGAGUCUCCCCAUACACAACUGUAAAUUGGCUAAGUUAAUGUGUUUCAGCGGGUAAGUAUCCUGGGUUGGGAAAAGCUAGCCCGGAGAGACAGAGAGAGGGUUAACAGUAGAUGAUGAUGAU